CUCUCAUUCUUCUUCUCUGCACUAAACCCAUGAUUUCUCUGCCAUGGAAAACCAUUGCAAUGGCUUUGGUUUUGCUUCAAAUCACAGAAGCCUCUCCUCUUUCUAGACUUGAUAGAAUUACCCGGUUGCCUGGUCAGCCCCAAGUCGGGUUCCAACACUACUCGGGUUAUGUGACCGUCGAUGAGAAGAAACAGAGAGCUCUGUUUUACUACUUUGCUGAAGCUGAAGUUGAACCAGCUUCAAAGCCUCUGGUUCUCUGGCUCAAUGGAGGGCCUGGUUGUUCUUCUCUGGGAGUUGGAGCAUUUUCUGAAAAUGGACCAUUUAGGCCUAGUGGAGAGGUACUGGUUAGAAAUGAAUAUAGUUGGAACAGAGAAGCAAACAUGCUGUACUUGGAGACACCAAUUGGAGUUGGGUUCUCUUAUUCAACUGAUACCGCAUCUUAUGAGUCUGUAAAUGACCGUAUCACAGCCAGGGACAAUCUGAUGUUCUUACAAAAGUGGCUGGACAAAUUCCCUCAAUAUAGAAACAGAAGCUUGUUUAUUACUGGAGAAAGCUAUGCUGGACAUUAUGUUCCCCAGCUAGCAGAACUCAUGCUCCAAUUCAGCAAGGAAUAUCACUUCAAUCUAAAAGGAAUUGCUUUGGGUAAUCCAGUCCUUGAAUAUGCUACCGACUUCAAUUCAAGAUCCGAGUUCUUUUGGUCUCAUGGAUUGAUAUCAGAUUCAACAUACAAAAUGUUCACUUCAGUUUGUAACUAUUCCAGAUAUGUGAGUGAAUAUUAUAGAGGCUCGGUUUCGCCUAUUUGUUCCAAGGUGAUGAGUCAAGUCAGCAGAGAAACUAGUAAAUUUGUUGACAAGUAUGAUGUCACACUUGAUGUUUGUAUAUCAUCUGUGUUCUCCCAAUCCAAAGUCCUCAGUCCCCAGCAAGUUACUGAGUCGAUAGAUGUAUGCGUGGAAGAUGAAACAGUAAAUUAUUUAAACAGGCUGGAUGUGCAGAAGGCACUUCAUGCUCGUCUUGUUGGUGUUCGGAAAUGGGCAGUUUGCAGCAAUGUAUUGGAUUAUGAGCUGCUGGAUUUGGAGAUACCAACAAUCAGCAUCGUAGGCAAACUCAUUAAGGCAGGAAUUUCAGUCUUGGUUUACAGUGGGGACCAAGAUUCUGUUAUUCCAUUGACAGGUAGUCGGACAUUAGUUCAUGGACUUGCAGAGGAACUAAAACUAAAUACCACCGUUCCUUAUAGAGUCUGGUUCGAGGGGCAGCAGGUUGGUGGGUGGACUCAAGUUUAUGGUAAUAUGCUUUCCUUUGCCACCAUUAGAGGAGCAUCACAUGAAGCACCAUUCUCGCAGCCUGAGCGGUCACUUGUUUUGUUUAAAUCAUUUCUGGAGGGCCGACCGCUACCAGAAGCAUUCUGAUCUACUGAUCAGUUAGAUAGGGUCCAGAUGAGAUUGUAAGAAGUGUGGUUGCUAUCUGAGCAUGGAAAUUGCAUUUGUUUGUUAUUCGUUUCUUGUUACAUGGGUUAUCCAUGCUGUGGAAACCGGAAAGUAGAAGGGCUUUGUAAACAUCAGAAGGAAAAAGAAAUGGAAAGAAAAAAAGUGUUUUAUUUGUCA